UUAACGGAUAGCUCUGGAGUUAAGAUCCUACAAGAAGCUUGGGCCUCCCACUCUCUCUCUACCCCUCCUGGAUAUACUAUAUACAGAUUAGGACUCUCAGGGGGCUGCAGUGUAACACCAUUCCUACAGGCCCCAAGUCCUGGACUACAUGAGACUCUAUGCUUAAUACUGCAUAAACUAAAGCAAGCCGAGUGUGUAGCAGACAUGAACACAAUCCUCUCCAGGCUCUCUAGGGACUUCCCGGCCCUCUCCACCAACAACCUCCCCGCCACAGUCCACGCCGCUCUUGGUAGUCUGAUCAAGAAGAGGAAGGUUUACUACACUGGAAAAGGAUAUUUCCUUGUAUCUCCAGAUCCAUCCACGCUUCCUAAACUUAAACCUAAGACGAAGAAACCUGUCCGACGAGUUACCAGAGAGAAUGCCUGUCAAACCGAACUGCAAACCAAUGGAUACAGUUUGACCACACCUCCCUCCAACGGUUGGCCUGCCGCACCUUCCUGGCCAACCUCUCCUUUACAUUCCAGCCAGACAGCCACGCCUCCGCAGCAGCAUAGGCAGAAUCUAAACCUGAACAAUAUUUCUCCGAUGGGAUUGAUUCAUCAGAGACAUUCUCCUUGGAGUCCUCUAGAGCUGAGUCCCAGACAUUCCCCGACCCAGAACCCUGGAGGCAUGAGUCCUAACAUUCCUCCACUAGGACGAAUAAGCCUGAGCUCGUCAAGCCCCUCCAGUUCCAACCAUAGCUCUGCUCACAGCUCAACAGAUUCAUCUCUACAGGAGUCACCACAAACUCAAGCCACACUGGAGCGGAGUCAGAGUUUGAGGAUUUCUAAGAAAUCCAUAAAACAAAUGUCUAAAGGAGGAUCAUUAAGGUUAUCAAAGAAGGACGCACUUGCAAUAAUGAACGAGGUUGACGAGAAUACAAAAAACCAAGAGGAGGAGGAGGAGAGAACGAGUCCAAGUCCCAAAAAAAUGGAAAGAAAAAAUUCCUUCCUCGGACGUAUCUUUGGAAGAAAGAAAUCCAACGGAAGUCCCAAAAAAGAGAUUUUAACGUUCUCCGCCCAGUUUCCUCCGCCGGAACUUGAAAUGUCCAGAUCUUUAACUCUUGAUUUGAACUCUGUAGAGACACAGACUCCACCUCAUGUAAGACGGAAACCAACCCGACCCAACCUUCAUUCUCCAUCUGUUUCCACUACUCAAGUGAAAAACGGUCCGAACGGAAACUUUGUCGUUUACGAGAGAGAUUACGGAACUCGGAACCCUGCCAGUCGUCCUCUACCCCAGUCUCCUCCUAUAUAUUCUCCGGGAACGGAAACCUAUGACGGAAACAACAGUUCUCAUAUAUACAGCCAACCUAGUCUAUACUCAGCAACCAAACCCCAACCUCCUGCAUACAGUUCUGCUCCACCCUAUAGACCAAUGAGCCCACCUACUCAAGGUAGAGUGAGCGUUGUAACUACCAACAGUUCUCCUGCUCCCCAGAGACCUUCCCUUGUUUCCUCCUCAACUAAACCCACCCCGCAGAAACAAGUUCAUUUUGCAGCUACGCCCAGAUCUAAUGACAAGGACUCUCCAAGAAGAGAAUCUCCGAACCAAGUUAAGUCUCCUCAGAUCAAAAGAAAUGCAACAUCACGUAGUUCCAACUCGGAAAGCUCCAACAGUGGGAGUGGGCACAGCUCUCUCUCGGGUCCCAGCUCUCUAGACUCCGUCCUUUACGAUGAUACGUUAAUAGUGAUAGAGAAGAGUAAUCAAGAACUCGAACUCAGACUAAACUCGAAUGAUAAAAAUUCUAACAAUCGAACCCAGCUGAGUAAGAAUCGUGUCGACACAAUCCACAACAACCGUCACCUGGACCAAGAGGUAAUAUACGAGGACAGCCUCUCCGACCUCUCCCGGUCCUCCUCUCAAUCCACCCUGAAACCAGACUCCGUACCAGACCAUCCUAGUCUCAGUGAUCUAGGAUCUAUUGCCGACCUGAGCUCUAAGUUCCAAAGUUUAACAGCUCGUAAGCUGAUGGCGGGGUUGAGUAUCAGCAGUAUAGAUACACUACUGGAGGUGAACGCUGCGGCUGAUAAACUUGACGAAUCAACAGAAACUAUAGACUUUGGAGUUAUAUAAGUUUUCCUUUAAUUCACGCCGAAACCAUUUUGCUUGACCUCGGAGUUAAACUGAUUUCAAUGAAUGCCAAAUUAACCAAUGUUGUUGAAUAAUAUGAAAUCCAGGAAAACUAUAGAAUUUAAUAUUCCUAAGAUAACCAUGAAUUCCAAGGAUGUAUUUAAAGAUAAAUUUUCAAGAUCAAGCAAUCAUUAUAUUAUCACAAACCACUGAGAAUUGAGCUAAAUGAUUUUAUAUUUCAUAUUGGCAAAAAUGUGGUUUUUAAUGUCUCUUUAAAACUAAGCAUUGGAAAAAUAAACAGAGAGCCAAUAGUUAAUCAAGAAUAUUGAUCUGUUUGAUUAAACUCAGACAUUUUUCUCUGAACUGGAACUGCUUUGGAAGCUUUUUUACGAAAUCCAAUGAUUUUUGUUAAUCUAUGUACAAAUCAUGUAUGUACAGUGUGCAUUGUAAAUGUAUAUAUUAUUUAUACAAUUUAUA